CUCGCGCAUGCGCGGACGGAACCCCCCGUUUCUCCGUCAAUACGAAGGAACUGCGUUGCUGGGGGAUUUUCGGGGACCAAAAUAAUGUCUUAGUUUGUUGGUACACUGGGCCGGUUUCUCUGUAAAAUACUCGGAUACCGACCAUGUAUUCAUUUUUCGACGACUCCCGCUGCGAGAAGCAUUUCAAUGCCGCUUGUGUGGUGGAUGCGAGUGAAAUUGGACAAGAGUAAAUUUGGAUUAUUGUACCAGUGGGCCUUUGCUCAGAAGUCGGGCAUCUCUAAGACGGCUGUGUGUGUUCGUUCCUCACCAGCGAGUCCUUAUGCUUGACAGAAGCUGCAGUCCGUGUCUUACAGAAUGGGUGGUGUGGGCUUAGAGAGAUUUGUAUACAAACAUCAUAACUCUGUGCCCUGCUGUGGUGUUCAAGCCUUUUCCAAAAGAACGCCUCCCAUCGACCUCCUCCAAUCUUUGCACUAUGUGUAUGAAGACGGACUUUAAGCAACAGGGAAAGGAAAUUUGAGACUUUCUUUUUUCACUUUAGAUCCCUGGUACUGCUCAAACAAAAGCCCCUAGUCGUCAUGGAAGUCUCCUUAUUUUAAUUUUUCAGUUCUAGUCUUCCUGGACUCUUUGUGUGGGAUGUCGGAAAAGCCUGAUGACAAAAUGGUGAAGUUCCUGGCUCCCCCUCCAAAGAGUGGAAACGGUCCCAGCUCUGGCUCCGAUUCGAUGGUCAACGAAUCCCGUCCGACCGAGGUGAGGCGGCGGCAUCACACCAUGGAGCGUGACCGCUGCAACCCAGAGCACCGCUUCUUGCGCCGCAGCGUCAUCAGCGACUCCAAUGCCACGGCGUUGGCCCUCCCUUUGCCCAGCAGGAUCCCUAUACCCGCCGCUCAGCGGAACCAAUCGCGAGAGGGCCCGGCGCAGCGGCAACAGGCCGCCGUUGUUCGCACGACGCAGGUUGAACAAAGCGCGCCUCGUAAAGAGGAGUCCGCCGAGUCUCUGGAAAGGGGAAAGCGAAAAGACCCGGAAAUUGCCAAGGUGAACAUCGUGCCUACGCAUCAGGCGUCUGCCAUCAUACGAGAUGUCUGUGACGCAGAGUUGGUGGUGGAGACCCAGUCGUCGCCAGACUUGAGCCAGAGCGAGCUGGACAACUCUGCCGACGCAAAGGUACCGCACGAAGGAGAGGGGGAGGAAGAGGACAAAGACGCGGCCAAAGCUCGCGCCGAGGCGGAGCAGAGGGAAGCGGAGAAGAAAGUGCAGGAGGACAUCGAAGAGGCCGAGACGAAAGCAGUGGGAACAUCGCCGGACGGACGGUUCCUCAAGUUCGACAUUGAAAUUGGACGUGGCUCGUUCAAGACGGUCUACAAGGGCUUAGAUACGGAAACCACAGUGGAGGUGGCUUGGUGUGAGUUGCAGGACCGAAAACUGUCAAAGACGGAGCGGCAGCGCUUUAAGGAGGAAGCGGGGAUGUUAAAGGGAUUGCAACAUCCUAACAUUGUCCGCUUUUACGACUCCUGGGAGGGACCCUCCAAGGGCAAGAAAUGCAUUGUUCUGGUUACUGAACUCAUGACUUCUGGAACACUCAAAACGUAUCUGAAGAGGUUCAAGGUGAUGAAGAUUAAAGUGCUGCGGAGCUGGUGUCGACAGAUCCUCAAGGGGCUCCAUUUCCUCCAUACCCGUGCACCUCCCAUCAUCCACCGGGACCUGAAAUGCGACAACAUUUUCAUCACAGGCCCAACGGGAUCUGUUAAGAUUGGAGACCUUGGACUGGCCACACUCAAGCGUGCAUCCUUUGCCAAGAGUGUUAUAGGUACCCCUGAGUUCAUGGCGCCUGAGAUGUAUGAGGAGAAGUACGACGAGUCAGUGGAUGUGUAUGCCUUUGGAAUGUGCAUGCUGGAGAUGGCCACCUCAGAGUACCCUUACUCAGAGUGCCAGAAUGCUGCACAGAUCUACCGCAGAGUGACCAGCGGCGUGAAGCCGGGCAGCUUCGACAAAGUAGCCAUUCCUGAGGUGAAAGAGAUCAUCGAGGGGUGUAUUCGCCAGAACAAGGAUGAGAGGUACUCGAUCAAGGACCUUCUGAACCACGCCUUCUUCCAGGAGGACACGGGUGUGCGUGUGGAGCUGGCUGAAGAGGAUGAUGGAGAGAUGGAAGCGAUCAAGUUGUGGCUGAGAAUUGAGGACAUCAAGAAGCUGAAGGGAAAGUACAAAGACAAUGAAGCGAUCGAGUUUUCCUUCGACCUUACCAAGGACGUCCCGGAUGACGUCGCUCAGGAAAUGGUUGAGUCUGGGUAUGUGUGCGAAGGUGACCACAAGACUAUUGCAAAGGCCAUCAAGGACAGAGUGUCUCUCAUCAGUCGUAAGAGAGCACAACGACAGCAGGUGAGAGAAGAUCAGGAGAAGAGAAUCAUUGAAGAAGAACAACAGGGUCCGAUACAAACAGUCCAGCAACCGAGCCACCCACCCAGCAAAGAGGCGCCUGUGUCCCAGUCGGUGCCGCAGCCAGCCGCCUAUGUUCCUGCUCCGCAAGCCAACCAACACGGCUUACCCAUCCCAGCUGCGUCUCAGCAGAGCCUUCCCAGUGCUACCUACAACACUUCUCAACCCACCCAGCUGACGGGCUUGACACAGGGGGUCUCUUAUGUCCCCCAGUCGACUGGGCAAGUCCCUAUUCAAAGUCAGAGUUUGGCUGCCAGUCAUCCGGAGUCGGAGGAGCCUGAGGCUGACCAGCAUCAGCACAGUGUCGGAGUCCCUCACAUAGGGGACAGAGCAUCUGGUUCGUCUGCGCUCGCCGAAGCUCAGCCUGCUCAGCCCGGAAUGUCCUACUGCGCCCCUCCCAGUCAACAGCUUCACCCCCAAGUGCCAUGCCCUCAGACACAAAAUGACCAAAUGCAACAGCAGCAUGUGUCAAUGGUUCAAGCCCAGAUGCCAGGUGUCCAGGCAGAACUUGUCCCCACUCUUCCCACCAGCCAGUCUCUCCCAGUGGCACCACAGCAGUAUGGAGUAUACUACCAACCAUCACUUCCCCCUAAGAUUCCCACACAGCAGGUGAUAAUGCCUCCAUCCUCUCAGUCGUCUCCUCCACCACCACAGCAGCCGCAAGAGCAGCAGCCACCAGAGAACAACACAGUCCUUCAAGGCUCCUCUCUACCGCAGGCACAGGCUGGAACUCAACCGUUGCAGUCUUGGGCAAGUAGUCCAAAUUCUUUUAUCCUGUCUCCACCACCCAACGGAGCGCACCUAUUCUUCCUCUAUCAGGCGUCUUGCCCCUCUGCACUGCAGGCGUCUGCCAGUCAGUCAACACCAGCCGAGCAGUCGCCAGCGCCAUCCUCUCUUGUGCUGCCGUCUGUGGAAAGCUGUUUGUCAGACGCAGCUUCAGGUCUAAGUGACGGCAACGAGGGCACUUCAACAUCAGGAGGCCGCCAUGAAGGCCGCUCACUGAAACGGUACCAACGGCGGUCUGUCCGCAGCCGCUCUCGGCACGACAAGGGUGCCAAGGCCAAACUGAAUGUUCUCAGUAUCUCAAAUGCUGGAGACAGAGUUGCAGAGUGCCAGCUGGAAACGCACAACAGGAAGAUGGUGACCUUCAGAUUUGAUUUGGAUGGUGAUAAUGCGGAAGAGAUUGCACAGAUAAUGGUUGAGAGUGAGUUCAUCCUAGAAAGUGAGCGAGAAUCCUUCAUCGAGCAGGUCCGUGAAGUCAUUGAAAUGGCUGAUGAGAAAGGGGAGGGCAUGAAGGAAGCCUUUCCUCAGAUGAGUGAGCUUCAACAGCAGCCAGAGCUUUCUGUUCCCAUGCUGCCUGGAAUCUCCCCGAGCACUACGGCCCAGGUGGUCCAUUCAGCGGGACGAAGGUUCAUUGUCAGCCCAGUACCUGAAUCCCGUCUGAGAGAACAGUUUUUCGGUGCACCCUCGGCUAAUACCUCUGUUGGUGAUGAGCCUGGCCCAGGGCCCACUAUGACAUCAGGCCUUUCUUUAUCUGCUCCAUCUGGGAUUCUGCAGCAGGCUUUCAACCAAAUGAGGCAGGAUCACGCAGAGCGAGGCAGCAGCGUGAUUGAUUCUACGAGCGCUGAUCAGGACGCUGGCACGGUCCCAUCCAAUGAUGCUGGACUUGUCCCAAACACCCAGUGUGCUCUGGCUCCUCUCGAAACGGUACCUUCCACCACUAGUUCUAGUUUCCCCCGUAUUGGGCUCGUUUCAACUGCAACGCCUCAGCCCCACCCCCCAAGUGGAAGAGUUUCUCCUCCAGCUGUAUCAUCCCAGUCCCAAGCUCCAGCUCCCGUCCCCAGUGAGCCCCUUCCACCGGCCCACACUUCCCAUGAAACGGCGCCCUCGCAGAUCGCACCCACUGUCAGUGUCCCUGCCUCCUCUUCUUCCCUUUCUGCACCGGCCGUGCAGACCUCCGUCCCCGUGCUGCUCGCGCCCCAGCUGAGCACUAAUACAGGCACCGUCCCUGCCGUCGAGCCGCAACCUUUUAACAGUGCUGGUACGUCUUCUCAACCAAUGAAUUCAGCCGCACAUGCAUCUCAGCCUGUCCCCAGUCAGAACCAGCCCCAGACAGUAGAGUCUGAGGUCGCCGAGCUUCAGACCAAAACGGCGGGCAGAGAUGAUAUCCAAGCCCUCGACAAGAAGCUGCGAUCCCUUUUUAAAGACCAGAGUACAAGUUCUUCUAGCACGUCAGUGGAUCCCGGUCAGAACACCGGGACCUCUUCCCCUCCCGCCGGAACAUCCUCCCCUCCUCCUGGUGCCGCUCUGGUGCCUCCCUCAAACCUCCCUCUCACAUCCGGGGUACAGGGCGUCACUCCACUGUCUACAAGCACCCCAGGACAGGGGUUAACCCCUGCAGGACACACCCAGACCCCUCCAUCCAAGCCAAGGGCACAGACGUUACCUACUGGUUUUGACCAAGCUGCUACUCUGCCCUCGGACACGUUACCUCCAUUCCCUGGACCAAAUCAGUCCCAGCCACCUCUGGGUAAUUUGGAUGCCCAGCUAAGGAGAGCUCUGAGCCCGGAGACUGUCCAGGGUGGCAACACAGUCCAGCCUCCUGUAGCGGCUUUCACUCUGGGUCGUUUCCAAGUGUCUGUUGCUCCAGACGGUGCGUCUAGCGGAGUUCUAGAUCCUGCCAGCAUCGUCUCCUCUUCUUCCCUCACACCCUCCUCCUCCUCCUCCUCCUCCUCCUCCUCCUCCUCAUCCUCUUCUUCCUCCCCCCCCUCAAGCCCCGAAAACACCCUCCACCGCUCGUCCACUUUGCCGGCCGCAGUGUGUGAAACGGACCACAACAGCGGAGACGUGUCUCUCCCUGCCAGUUCCGCCAGCCAACCCCCCACCAUAGCAAUAGGGCGCUUCCAGGUUUCCACCAGCAGCAACGCCGCAUCAGGAGAAACGGCUCCCUCCAAAGUGGGACGCUUUUCAGUCACAGUGACAGCAACGGCAGGUUCGAGUCCAUCACACAGUUCGGGUGUCCAAAACGGGCCCUCCACGGACCCUCAUAAAGCACACACCCCGUAUAGCAGCGACAACGAUGACGACUCUGGAACGGAGGACGAAGCGUUGCAGAAAGAAGUUAGUCAUCUCAGAGAAAGACACAUGCUGGAGGUCCAAGCCCUGCAGACCCGUCAGAAAGAGGAAAUCGAGGCGCUCUUUACCCGGCUGGGGAAAACUGCUCCUCCUUCCGUCCUUUCACCUGCUGUGGCCAUGGCCGGAGGGCGACGAAGGCUCAAGAGCAAAAGCCAGAAAUCUCCCCGCAGCAGUGGCCAGCCCAGCCCCAUAUUCUCUGGAUGUCCGGCCUCAGCUCACAGUACUGACGGCUGCGAGUCUCCCCCGAAACAAAGUACACCUCUGGCUACAGAGGCUUCCCAAACAGAAGUGGAAACGCCUUUAAAAGAGCUCAGACCCUCUCCAUCCUUGCCCAGCCUCAGCAGUUGCUCCACAGGAGCCAGUGGGACCGCCUCCACAAACGGCUCGGGCCCCUGCCAGAACCACUCGCCUUCCCUGACACAUGCGAGCGGAGCGUCUAACGCCGUCGCUGCCACUAACACCCAGAAGUGCAAGGGUACCUUCACAGAUGACCUGCACCAGCUGGUGGAUAACUGGGCCAAAGACAUCAGUCUCUCGCAGGGCAAGAGGGGUCCUAAAACCGGAGCACAGGCAGCUCAGGGACACGAUGUAAUCCCUCCCGCCAACAUGGGUCGCAAGUUCUCGGCUCCCGGCUACCUCUGCCCGACCCUCCCCGCGCCUCCCGGCACCGCCGCCGGUACCCCCGCCACCGCUCACCUCCCCAACCCCGCCAACCCCUCCGUCCCAUUGGGCCCUCGGAAAGGCUCCCUGGGCCCGGGCUUCGGGUACGCCUCGGCGCCGUACGGCGCCCCUCAGUGGGCGGGACCCACGGGCAACUGCCAGGUCGGCAUGCUCAAUCCCGCCCAGUACCAGUCGCCCGUGACCCCCCCGGUGCCCAUGCACCAAGGGUACAACAUGGGGACUACUGCGUCGGCCAACCAGAAAUCAGUCAGCCAGAGAGGAUCCAAUUUAAGGCCCACGUAGCCCAGUCCGGCUCCAAGCACACACGGAACAACGAGCGCUCUCCCUGCUUAUUAUUCACAUUUUUUUCUUUUUUACGAUUACUACAUGUCGUCCUCUCGGGCAGAUUGAAGUCUGCCGAGCCCCUUCGGAGGGAGCGUGCAAUACACGAACACACACACAGCGUACACUCGGCCCGCCCGCUAGCUGUGAAAUUGAGCUGUGAUGAGCUGAUCGGUCAGCCAAAGAUGUCUUUAUUUUCUUGUCGUCGAGGGCAGACGUGCGCCUCUCGCAAAAAGUUCAGGAUGUUGGGCUUUCGGGUAACAUUUCAGGAUGAGCCUAAAAUGCACUAGAAUCCACUUUUACUGGUGAAAUUAAUUUCUUGACUAAAUGUUCUGGGACUCGUCCAGUCUCUCCGCAUCUGUUUCAACCUUCCGACGAUACUCGCUUUGCUCGAUGAAUCUAACGAUACGUUUGUAAGGACGUCCUCUCGUAUGCCUUUCUGUGACUCUUCCGGUCUCGCCGUCGCAACCUGCUGAUGACGCUAUAAGCUCAGUGGCCUCUUCCACUUCACGCCUUGCCAUUGCCAGACUAUCCGGAGUUUAUAGCCUUUGGGUGUCACAGAAAGGCAUUUGAGUGGCAAUUUAUUGGGCGCGUCAUGUAUUAAAGCUUUUGAGUGUCACCAGCAGGUCGCAACAGAGAGAAAAAGAGACUGGAAGUCACAGAAGUGGACAUCCCCUUGGAAACCAUUGUGAAUUUUUGCAGUUCAGCUCUUUACUCUAGUCCAGCAAAUUCUGCCAAGAGGUACUGAAACAUUCAGAAGUUUAGGCAAAGUCCAAAGUAAGUGAACGUGAAAUGGUUCUAGGGCAUUUUCAGGUUCAUCCGGAAAGCCCAACGUCCCGAACCCUUUUUUGUCAGUAGCGUACUGCAAGUUGUUGUCAUUCCAAGCCAAAAGUGGGACGAAGUCAAUAUUGACGUGCUUGUACGAGGUUAAGUUGUGUCAGCGAGAGAGAAAUGUGUGAGAGCGAGUAGAAAGACUUGGUAAGUUGAGCAGGAGUGUGACGGCGGCUUGCAAAAUAUACACACACACACAUAUAUAUAUAUAUAUAUAUAUAUAUAUAUGUGUAUAUGUGUGUGUGUGUGUAUAUCAUUGUAUAUGUGUACACGGUGAAGUCAAUGCAAUAAUUAACGAGAGAGGAGAAGAGAAGAGAAGCAACUUGCCCCCCUUUUGUAACUGUGGCCUUAUUCCCUGAAGACGUUUUUGUACAUAGAUAUUCGGCAUAUUUAUGUCUGGUGUCAAUUGUGAUUUUGUGUUUUCUACACACGUUGAAUAUACGACUAUGAGGAAAAAAACACAAAAGGCAUCUUGGUGUUGAGCACCACGAAAUGGAGGCGAUGCUGCUGUAGAUCACGAUCUGGCUCGGGUGUUGUUUUUUUCCCUCUUAUUUUCUAUUUGUUGGUUUACACUUGAAUUGAACUAAUCCCACAUCGGUUCCUCGCAAAACCACAAAACUCUUCAAGUCAAAUAGUUUCGGUUUGUAGUUUUCAGACAGCGUAUGCGAUGAUUAGCCAGUUCUUUAGUGGGUUCCCUCUUUUUCUGUGGUCUUUUUUUUUUUUUGUACACAUCUAUUUAAUAAACAAAAAUGUUCUUUAUGGACCUGUAUUCAACCAUCAGAUUUUGAUGUUGUCUCACUGUAAUUAUUAAAAGGUUGUUAAACAACAUGUAGUUAAAGGAAUAUAAAAAAGUGCAAUUGCAGGGUUUAUUAUUAUUAUCUCAAUGUACACUCUCAUCCUGCUGUAUAUGAAGCUUCUAUCUAGGACUGCCCAACCGACAACCUUUUUAGCUUCUCGCUUUCUAUUUUAUUGUACAUACUGUAGUUUAAUGUGCGGCUAGCUGCUACUUUUUUUUUUAUUACAUGUGAUGCACCGUGACUAGAGAACGCACACGCACUCUCACCCCGCAAAACGUGAGGAAGACUUUAGUGCCUUGCAUCCUUACUGUUGACAAGUUUUACGGAAAAAGCCGCUUCAGCGUUUAUUCCGAACGGGCCAUGUACUAGUACGCUUUUUGUCCUCACUAGAAGAACAACUGUCUUACUGGCAAUGUUGUUUCGACUACUAGUAUGACCUUAAGUUGGAUAUCGGAUAGAUGCUCAAAUGAAUACGAUAUCCCUGAUAACCAGCAUCAGGUCCAUGUACUAGUACAAGCUUUGUCUUCAUUAGUAGGACAAUGACAUUUUACUAGUGGGGCGAAAAUGUGCACUCGUUGACAUCUGAGCACUACAAGUACUACUGCAUGUCAACUAAAUACUCACAAUGGCUUCUUGGCAAAAAGCAGUUUUUUGUUUUUUUUUUAUAUCCAUCUUAAGGUCCAUGCACUUGUACGCUCUUUGUCCCCUACUAAUUCACCGCACUAGUAGAACUGCUGCAUGGCAUUUCUGCACACUAGUAGAACAACUUUGACGUACUAAUAGGGUGACCACUAGUGGGGCAAAACUAUGCAUUAGUUGAUAUCUGCAUGUGCUACCAGUACUACUAGUGAUAAGCUAGAUGUUAACUAGUCAAAUUGUAUCAUGUCACUAGUAGUACGAGUAGCAUCCAGUUGUCAAUUAGUGCACUCACUAGACUCAUGUAGCUGCCCUCGUAGUGAGGACAAAGCGGUCAACUUACUACUAGGAGACACAUGUUGUUUCGCCUCACUAGUAACCUCCAAUUGUCCUCCUAGCAAGGACUGAGGUUAAUGUCCUAAUAGGGAAAAAAACUUGAGUCCAGUCGUUUUACUAGUCAGGACAAAGAGUGUACUAGUACAUGGACCUUAAGCUGGAUAUUAACGAUUUGGAAUAAACGCUCCAACGGCUUUCCCUGCACGUCCCGAGUCGGCCCCGUACGCAAUGUGAAUGCACCGCGAACAAUGUAGAGGUUGGAAAUGUUCUCCUGGUUAUUUACUGCUUUGACUUGGCUCAUUCUUGUGCUUUUGGCUGGCUUUUUGUUUUUGUUUUUUGUUUUGUUUUUUUUUGGUGGAUUUCUCAUGAAACCAUUUCACAGAGGCGCUCCAGUGGCCCGCUCAUAGUUUGGACGACUAGUUAAAACUUCUCUAGAGAAAAAAAUAAGUUCCUGCAAUGCAGAAUAUGCAAAGUUUUAUAGGGACAGAGGGUUCGUGGAGUCUUUGCCUGACGACGAGGGUUACCGACUUCAGUUUUUUGAUAGGGGAACGCUACUUAGGAUUGUUUGCCUUUCGGGGUCAGGUUUCCCCUCAUUCGCAUCCGCCAAUGUCACAAGUUGAAUAGCGGCGUAUAUAACUCUUGUGUUUUCUGCAUGCCAGCUUCACUGGUGUUCAAUCUGACAGCCACUGUACAGCACAAACCUAAAAGAUCCUCAAAACAAGACGUGAGGCUACUGACAAUUCUACUCUCUGUAUUGACUUCUGUGAUUUGGUGUCUGGUUUUGUGUAUGUUUUUCACAUUGUACAAAAUGUAAAAACAAAUUAAAAAUAUGAAAUAAA